AUGUCUCAAUUCAAUGAUUCGCACCGACUAUUCAUGCAAUCCAUGCUAUCAAAGAAGAUGGUAACCGAGCAAGAGGCCAUGCAUAUCUAUGCAAAGGUAUGCGAUGCCACAUCCCGACCAGCAGACGUAGAUUUUUCUUCAUUCGUUUCUGUCCUGAACAAAGAAUUGGACAAAUUGGAUUACUCUCUCAGAUUAUCUCGAAAUGAACAGAAUGGCAUCAUGUAUGUGAUCAUGGUCAACACAAAUCAAGAUUCAGCAACAGAGCUCGCCACACAAUACACUGCCAUUGAGAUGGCAUAUAUCCGCGAACUGUUUGAUCUGAUCAUCAAUGCAGACGACGAGAAUUUCGGCACAUCUUCCAGAACAGCUUUGCAGUUAGGCGGUAAAAUGACACCAAAACUAGCUUCCAGAGACGUUCAGACAUUGCUCGACAAACUACUAGACGAUGGAUGGAUCGGCUUGCAGAAGGGCUGCUACUUUUUAACCACACGUUCCAUUGCAGAGCUACAGGACUAUUUCAAGCAACUGUAUGGCGAGCGUAUUCUGGAAUGUAUCUUUUGCUUAGACAUGGUGACUAUGGGCGAACAUUGCGCCAAUGCUCAAUGCAGUGUCCGACUUCACAAGCACUGUGCAGACAGUCAAUUCAACAACUCUGCUGAUCCCAGAUGUCCCAGUUGCAGUAGUAGAUGGUCUAGAGAAAACACAUUUGGUCUUGGUUUACCAGAUAACGAGGAAGAUGCUUGA